AUGCAGCCCCCUGAGGUUUCAGCACUCGUUUCUGCUCACCACUAUGCCGCCUACCACGGAUAUGGACACCCAACUCAACAAUUUGCCCAGUACGAGGCGCCCGCCAUUGCAAGAAGCAUGAGCGUCGACCACUUGCAACAAGCCUCUGCUCCCCCUCCGACGCCUUCUGUUCAACAACAGCUUGCAACAUAUGUCUACGCUGUACAGAGUCUAGAAGCAGAUCCCUAUGGCCUCCACAUUCAAGAAUUACACGGCAUCUAUGGCACUUCCGAACUUGCGAAUGCCGCAGCACACGCAUACUUCAAUCGGACAUCACCAUGUGAAAAGACGACCAUCCCUGAACAUCCUAAACCAGAGCAAGAGCACCUGCAAGAUGGUGAUUAUUGUAGGUUACGUUCGGACGAGGAACAUAAUGGAGGCCCCGAAUCUGGAGUAGGCAACGUUCGCUUGCGCCAUGAUGGCGGUCUGAGAUUUGGUGGUUGUGAUCAAGAGUGUAGCGCCUAUGUUGUUUGGGUAGAGAGGAGGGAGCUCAAUUCCUCCACCGAGUCUAAAAGAUAG